ACGUGAUCAGGAGCCUAUGUCUGCCCAAGUCCCUCUCGUCCUGGUCUUUUUUGCCUGACCAGCCACCAUCUAUUACCCUUUGGUGGAGAAGGAAAGCAGAAGUAAAAUAACUGCUUGAAGAAGAAAAUUAUCAGCAUGGAAAACUCAUGCAAAGAAAAGGAAGAGGAACCACAGAGCACUCUAAAGAACGUUGAAGAGCAGCCCCCUGUGGAGCAGUCUCCUGAAAGUCAGUGUUCUGAGGACGAGCAGUCCUCUGAGGAUCUGUCCUCAGAGGAGCAGUCCUCCGAGGAGGAAUUCUUUCCUGAAGAGCUUCUGCCUGAGCUGCUGCCAGAGAUGCUGCUGUCUGAAGCUCGCCCUCCUCCUCCUCCGCAGGAGUGCCUCUCAGAGAAGAACCUGUUCCAGGACCGUAUUCCCAUGGAGCAACCUCCCUGUGGGGUGGGCAAACACAAGCUAGAGGAAGGGAGUUUCAAAGAAAGGCUGGCCCGGUCCCGCCCUCAGUUUAGAGGAAACAUACAUGGCAGAAAUUUAAGUAAUGAAGAAAUGAUACAGGCAGCGGAUGAGUUGGAAGAGAUGAAGAGAGUACGAAAUAAACUGAUGAUAAUGCAUUGGAAGGCAAAACGGAGCCGCCCUUACCAUAUUUAAUGUGUCCCACCUUUCCUUGUUUUGCUUAAUAAUACCAUUGCUACCUGGACCCUCUGUUUGCAUUUUUUAUAUGCUCUUUCACUUCUUAGUUGUAACUUUCUGUGCAGUUUUAUUUCAGGUGUUUGACUUGUAACUGGCACAGGAUUUUUUUUUUAACCUUCUAAAAUCUGAGUACGAUCUAUUUGCAUGGAAAGAUACAUUAUAUAUGUGCGGUGAUAAAAGUAAAGAGUAUAUACAUAGCAUCCCAUUUUUUUAAAAGGAAAACACAUUUAUAUAUUAAGAUACAAAGAAAAGCUAAAAUCUAUAUACUUAAAGGCUAACUAACAUUGAUUAUCUGUGUGGUAAAGAUAAUAAGUGAUUUUUAUAUUUUUAAAAUUUUGCUUUAUCCUACCAAGAAGAGACUUGAUACCCUAUGAGCAUAUACAGGGGGAGGAAUUCUCCCUCAGUCACAGUCAUAGGGGAGGGGAGUAAGGGGAAAGCGGGAGGGAGGGAGGAAUAGGAGGAUACAAGGGAUGGGAUAACAAUUGAGAUGUAAUAUGAAUAAAUUAAUAAAAUAUAUUAAAAAUUGUUUUGCUUUAUCUAAAGUCUCACAUUUCAUGAUGAAUACGUUUUAUUUAUGUUGCACUACAAACAACAUAGUGAAAAAUGUGAAGCAAUUCUAAAAAAAAACAAAACUUGUUAAUCAGUUUAUAAAUACCAUGUGCUCCUUAAUAAAUGUUUAUCUGA